GACCUGCAGUAGUCAGGCUCUAAGUUCAAGUCCUGCGCGCCGUGCGUGCCAGCUGUUGUUUCAUGGUUGUCCCAUGUUGAAAUCGUCGACUGGACGCUUGUAACUGAAAUAGCCGAACUGGCUUGCCUCCGGUCAGACGGGUUUCAUAAACCUGUUAUGUUUGAUUUCUUCUAUUCUACAGCUUUAUUUUUACACUGUUGACAACAACAACAGCAUCUUUUUUUUAAACACGAUAAGAUUACAGCGUAGCUGAUGUGGUCGUGACAGGGAGUCAACAAUUUUUCUAAGAACUUAUCCACAAGCAUUUUUCUAUAAGGAUACGUAGAAGAAAAGACAAUCUAAAGUGUUACGUGCUCAGUGGCCAAAGGAGAGACAGCGUUCGAGUUUCAGUCACAGAUUUGCUCAGCCCUAAUAGUCUUUGUGCUAUAAAUGCUAUUGAGGGUGAAAAAAGGAAUUGUUAUUAUAAUUAAUUCAUAGGCCGUCUUGGUCAACGCUUUUGGUAGAAGACGAAUGGCGGGUACUGACUGAAAAUUCUUGGGCGAUUUCCUUACCCAGUCAGAAGUAAAAGUAUAACAAAUCACAGCUUUUUCGCUUACAUUUUUCUCGCGCAACAUAAAUUUGAGUUCUGACUGGUUGUUCAGUAAUAUUGUUUGAAAAUAUUGUGUGUUAUGAUUGCCCAUGGUUUAUUUUUAUUUUGUUUUUUUUUUCCCCCGAUACUCAAUAGUCUAUUCAAAGCCGCUCUAGCACAAUUGACGACAUCGCUUGUAUUGUCAAAAAUUGUGCAUUUAUGUCGUCUCACUUGCUGCCAUUCUGCUUACGAUAUCGCACUCUCCCGACUGGGUGACUCAAUGUUUCUUGUUUUCUUUGAAGCUGUUAGGUCGCAUGGGAACUCUUGAAGAAUGUGGUCAAGCCUGUUUAUACCUUGCUGCCGAAGCAACUUUCACCACUGGAAUUGAUUUGUUGUUUACUGGAGGUGCUGAACUCACUUAUGGCAAGAAAACCCAAGUGGAAAAUGCAUAAAUAAUCAAAAUUAUUUUACUUUGUGUUUCCCUUAGGGCUGUAUUUAAACAACUUUCUUCAUUCAUCCUCAAGGGGGUGAACCUUAUAAUCUGAUCAGCAUUACGGUCAAGUUGCCCGAAAGUCAUCGCGACCGAAGUUAUGUCGCCCGAGAUUUUUUGUGAAGUCGGCCGAAAUGCUGAGUUAUGUCGCCCGAAAUUUAUCAUGCUCAACAACAUCUUAACAUCCCUAUUGCACAUUUAUCGCGCUUGUUUCGUCUCAUCAAAGCUUUAAGAAUGAGAUGUACUACUCAUCUGUCGCGCUUGUUUCUUGUCAUCAAGGCCUAAAGAACGAGAUAUAUUACACAUUAAUUCCGUUUGUUUCGUCUCAUCAUCACCUGAUGAAAUUUCGGGCAACUUAACGAAACAUUUCGAGCGAGACAACCCUGGUUCACGGGCAAGAUGACUUUCUGGCGCCUUGACCGGUUACUAAUCAUAACGAUUCUCAUAAUCCUUUAUAAUGACAGAGACUUGUAGCAGACCAUAGAUUGAAAAGUGAGCUGGUAAUUAAAGAAAGCUUACUUAUGUGGAUGCAAGAUGGGAAAAAACAAGCGCCAGGUGGGGGAGGAGGGGAAAACGGAGGGGUUUCUUUUCCCUUUUUUCUUGUUCUCUGCUUCUGCCCCUGCCCUUUUUUCGCUAGCCACGUAGGCUAGGAAAAAACAGGAAAAUAAUGGUGUUAUAUGUGGUAAUUUAGCUGUACUGUCCGACCCGGCACUGACUGGUGAGCUCCACUGGUUAAAUAUGAGACUUGGGAGUGCCAGGCCCGGGUUCAAUUUCCUGCAGGACCAACACUCAGGGUCUUAAAAUAAUUGAGGAGGAUGCAUUGCCUUUGAUCGGACAUAAACAAAUGGUAUACAUUCUACAGUUUAUUUUGGAUAAGGACUAAAACCCUUAAGCCCCGUCUCACCGCGUUUUCACUUAUCUGGCUCUUGUGGGACGGUAAAGAACCCACGCUUCUGUUUGUAAAAAAUAGGAUAAGGGACGUAGACCCCGGUAGUUAAGCUGUUACAGCAUUCCUAGUAUAGUGCAAACUGAUUCAUUCUUCAGCUGUCGAAUGAUUGAUUUUACUAUUGGUCACCUGGUGAUCUUAAAUCACGUGACUAAUCUUACGACCAUCACGUGGUCUAUAAAUGUGUUCAACAUUCCACUGAAGAAGACGUUUGGGACAACGUCUAAAUAGCUCUGAGAGGGACAAUUUUCUUAGAAUUUUAAAAUUAUUCCUUAAUAUUUUACAAUGGGUAUUUAGAAAUGAUUUAAUUUUAAUUUUUAUAUUAUUUUUCUUUACUUAAAUGAAGGGUGUUACUCUCCAAGAGGUAAUAUAAAACAUUGUGAUGAUAACCAAACAUUGAAAGUUGAAGAACGCAUGUAAGCGUGUAAAAUCGUUUGUUUUUACCACUGGUAGCAACUGCUUUGUAUACCAUGAGUGAUAUAUGCUUCGUUGGAAUUAAAGCUUCACAAAAC